CUGGUGGCCGGAAAACCCGGAUACAGCUGGGAGCGCAUGGCUGCGUCCCCAGCCGGCCUGGUGGAGCUGGGCUUCGCCGAGGAGGCACCCGCAUGGAGGCUGCGCAGCGAGCAGUUUCCCAGCAAGGUGGGCGGCCGGCCCGCGUGGCUGGGCCUGGCGGGGCUGCCGGGACCCCGGGCGCUGGCGUGCGCGCGCUGCGGCCGUCCGCUCGCCUUCCUGCUGCAGGUGUACGCCCCGCUGCCGGGCCGGGACGACGCCUUCCACCGCAGCCUCUUCCUCUUCUGCUGUCGGGAGCCGCCGUGCUGCGCCGGCCUGCGAGGUGAGCGGCCCGGGGGCAGGACCUAGGCUAAGAGGCGGCGAUGUUCGUGGGCUGCCGCGGGGAACCAAACCCCGGAAGCACGAUGGUCGGUUGGUGUGGAGGUAUUCAGUUUUUCGUAAUCAGCUACCAAGGAAAAAUGAGUUUUACUCUUAUGAGCCACCUUCUGAGACGGGAGCUUCGGAUACAGUGGACUGUGUGUGCCUCCAGCUUAAGUCUGGAGCCCACCUCUGCAGGGUCUGUGGUUGCCUGGGCCCCAUGACAUGCUCUCGCUGCAAACAGGCACAUUACUGCAGUAAGGAGCACCAGACGUUAGACUGGCGGCUGGGCCACAAGCAGGCCUGUACACAGUUGGACCAUUUAGACCAUACAGUUCCAGACCACAACUUCCUGUUUCCAGAAUUUGAAAUUGUAACAGAAACAGAAGAUGAGAUUUUGCCUGAGGCUGUGGAAAUGGAAGAUUAUUCUGACAUUGUAGGAAGCAUGGGGGGAACACCUGAGGAAGAACUAGAUUCCAUGGCAAAGCAUGAAUCCAAGGAAGAUCACAUUUUCCAAAAAUUUAAAUCCAAAAUAGCCCAGGAACCUGAGCAGAUUCUCAGGUAUGGAAGAGGUAUUCAACCCAUUUGGAUUUCUGGUGAAAAUAUCCCUCAAGAAAAAGAUAUUCCAGAUUGCCCUUGUGGUGCCAAGAGGAUAUUUGAAUUCCAAGUCAUGCCCCAGCUGCUGAACCACCUCAAGGCAGACAGACUGGGCACAAGUGUGGACUGGGGCAUCUUGGCUAUCUUCACCUGUGCUGAGAGCUGUAGCCUGGGCACUGGCUACACAGAGGAGUUUAUGUGGAAACAGGAUGUGGCCGAUACACCCUGAUAAGGAUUAAAUGCUUUAGAAUGUUCCUUACGAGCCAGGUGUGGUGGUACAAGCCUGUAAUCCCAGCAGAGGCAGGCGGAUCUCUGCGAGUCUGAGGCCAGCCUGGUCUACAAAGUGACAGCCAAGGCCAUGCCUUAGUGCCUCACAGUUUCACCUCUAGGACUUUUACCCUAAGAAAGCAGUUACCAAAGGCAGAAGUAUGAAGACACCGCUUGGUACACUAUUCACAAAGUCUGUGUUACUAAACGAAGUACCCAGUGUCAGGGGAUUAAAUUUUAGGCAUACCCACAACGGAGGGCAACAGUGUUAAUGCUGAAGACAUGCAUGGACACCAGGAGAUCACUGAUGAUGUUCAUGGUGUGUUGUUCAUUGUAUUGAAAUAGGUGUGUACACAUUAGAAAUAAAUAUGCUGGAUUGUUCAGCUGUUAUUAUUA